AUUACCUGUGUUUAUUAAAAUGGCGACACUCGAACGAGAUAUUUGCGCGGGAAUGAUAAUUCUAUCAUAAUUUUUAGUUUGAGACAGGAUUAAUCAUAUAUGAUAUGUAAUGCAAUAUAAAAUUACUUUAAAUAUACAUAUUGCAUGUAAACAUGAAGAAACGUCAAUUGUCACAGAGAAAGAUACCUGCUUAUAAUAAUGUUGAAAAAUCUCAGACAAAAAUAUCAUCAUUUUUUACAAAAAUUCCAAAGCUUGACAUAAGCAACAAUGAGAUUGUAUCAAAUUCAAACUCAUCUCAAGUCUCAAUUGCACAGAAAAGAAAAGAAAAAGGUGACUCAUUUGAUGAAGGAUCAUGUAUAAGUAUUAAGAAAACAUGUAAUGCAAGUAACAAUAUAUUGAAGGAACAUUGUGUUGUAAAGACGGACAACAUUACAUCGCAUGAAGAUUCAGUAUUAUUAUCUGUAACAAAAGAUUUAGAAGACACAUAUGAUAAUUUUUUAGAGAAUGAAGUAGUUUGUGAUAAUGUACCGUUUGAAAAAGUUAAUAAAAAAGUAAGUAUAGUGAAAACCAAAAUGAAGAUAAAUACAUCGCAGAAUUCUGUAAAUGCUAGAAAUACAAAUACUUCAAAAGUCAUGGAUAAUAAUGAUUAUAUUCUUAAAGAGUCACAAGAUCUAAAUACUACUACUUUAAAGUCGCCUUUAUUGGCCGAAAUGUCUACCUGUAAAGAAAUUAAUUUAAAGAAAAUGGAAUCUUUUCAGUACUUCUCUAUGAUAGAUGGAGAUGAAUUUGAUGAUAGUUUCUUUGAUCAGCAAUGUCAUGUACAGAUUAAUCUCACUACUUUGCAAAGAUGUAAAAUAAUUGAUAUCAAACAUGAACCGAGAAUUACCAUUCUAACACUACAGCACAUAGAAUCUGAAAAUACCGAUACUGUUGCAUGUUCAGGAUUUUGGAAAGAUGUGCAAGUGAAAAUUGAUGAUAUUGUCACGAUACAGGCUAAAAAAGAUUUGCAGCAAUGGAUUAUUGAUAAUAAUAAUGGUUUUCUCAUCACGCAGCCUGAUAUAUUAAUAUCAGGCACAACAAUAACGAGUGGUUUAUUUUGCAAUAGACGAGCAAUAUUGACCGAUAAGUUUAGAAAGAUAGAGUCGUUGCCAAGUUUGAAUGCUGAUUAUUCUGUAAUGACCAUAGGAUCUUUAGUUCAUCAGUGGCUACAAAAAGCUCUAUGGGAAAAUAUCUACGCGCUGUCCGACGUGAUCAAGUUGCUUGACGAUAUGUUACAAUCGAAAAGCACGAUAGACUAUCUCUACACGUCGGAACUGUCGCUCGCAGAUUGUCGGAAACGCAUGAUGGAGUACGCGCCGAGAAUUUUCGAGUUUAUUCAGCAUUAUAUCAAGGGCAACAAGCAACAACGUAUAAGCGACUUAAAGAAUAACUUUCAGGGGAAUAUUUGUAAUAUACAAGACAUCGAGGAGAACAUUUACAUACCGAAAUUAGGUAUAAAGGGAAGAAUAGACGUGACGGCGGAGGUGAAUAUUAAUUCGAAAAGAAAAAUCAUGCCUUUGGAAGUGAAAACCGGAAAAGCUUCUUACUCGCCUGAGCAUAAGGGCCAAGUUAUUCUCUAUCUCAUGAUGAUGGGCUUCAGAGAUCAGAAUAUCGAUACUGGUCUUCUAUUGUAUUUGAAAGAAAACGCGAUGCAGGAAAUUAAAAGCAGUCAUCACGAGAAAAGAGAUUUGAUAUUGCUGCGGAAUACCUUGGUGCAUUAUUUCUCCAAAAAGUCUGAAGACUUUCAUAGCAUAAGUUCGGAAUCGGAUUUAAAGGCGAUGGAAUUGCCAGAGCCUAUAAACCAUAGUGCAUGCAGCAGAUGUCCCUAUCAAACUCUAUGUUGCGCGUAUUUGACGAGGGACCUAAAUACUAAUUUGUCGCCAUCGCAUUCCCUAACGGCGCCGAUGAAGAAACUUCUGGAAGAUUUUGAAUCUAGUCACUUGAAUUAUGUUAUGAAGUGGAUCGCAUUACUGCAACUGGAGGAAACUUACGAGAAUAAUAACAACAAUUUAAGCAACAUAUGGACGAUGAAUCCGGAAAAGAGAGAGGCGAGAGGAACAUGCAUCUGUAACUUGAAGGUUGUAGGCAAAGUGGUGGUGGAGCAAGAUAGAUAUCGGCAUAAGUUUGCACGUGUUAAUAUCAAGGGUGAGACCAUCGAGAAUGGCACAUUCAACAGCGCAUUUACCGAGAAUGAUUAUAUUAUCAUCAGUACGGACGCACGAAUUAAUAUAGCUGCCGGAUAUAUAAUGCAUGUUUCGCAUGAUACUGUCGCAGUCUUAUUAGAUAAGGAUGUUACGCGACAAAACGCUCAUUCUACGUUCCAUAUCGAUAAAUACUCUUCCAUGGGUUUAUCCACUUUCAAUUAUGCGAAUGUAGCUGGUCUGUUGAGCAAUGACGAGACCAGCGUCAGACUUCGGCGCAUCAUCAUCGACAGGACACCGGCCACGUUUGCAGAGAAGUUGCCUCGCUCAGUCGUAUCAGCUAGCGUCAAAAUAAUAAGCGACCUUAACGAGAAUCAACAGAGGGCUGUGCUGAAGGCAUUAGCCGCCAACGAAUACGUUCUGAUAAAGGGCAUGCCGGGCACAGGGAAGACACAAACACUGGUAGCAUUGAUAGAGCUGCUGCAAGCAUUGGGAUCCAGCGUUUUGAUCACCGCGCAUACGCACAGCGCGGUGGAUAACGUCCUGUUAAAGUUGCUGGAACGUAACAUUGAUUUUCUGCGUCUGGGCUCGACGAAGCAGAUACAUCCGUUAUUGACAUGCAAGAGCGAGGAAUACGCAUUGGCGAGUUGUGACUCGCCGGAGAAUUUAGAGAUACUUUACAAUAGCAAACAGAUCAUUGGCGUGACCUGUUAUGGCGCGUAUCACGCUCUUCUUAGGAGACGCACUUUCGACGUAUGCGUGGUGGACGAGAGCGCGCAGAUCAUGCAGCCCACGGUGCUGCGUCCAUUGUAUAGCACACGCAAGUUUAUCCUCGUCGGGGAUCCGGAUCAGCUGCCGCCUGUUGUCAGGAACAAAACGGCCGCGAGGCUUGGCGGGGACGAGUCCCUAUUCAUCAGGCUCGAUAGCGACAACAAUACCGUUAAUCUGUCGAAACAGUAUAGAAUGAACGGGAGAAUCAUGAGAUUGGCCAACGACGCGACAUACCGUGGCCAGUUGAUAUCGGGCAACAAACAGGUGGAAAAUGCGACUUUAACCGGCGUCAACAUGGAGCAAUAUCUUUCGUCUUGUGAAAAGUGGAUAAGAAGCACACUUUCCAGAAAUUUAGAUGACUCAGUGGUGGUGCUCGAUACUGGUAGCACUUACAACUUGAAGGUAGAAUCUGGCAACAGAAAUGCCCAGGUAUGUUCAAAUGUCUGGGAAGCAGCUAUUAUCCUGCGCCUCGUUCAAGUGCUUACUAAAGCAGGUGUGAGCAGUAGAAAUAUAGGAGUCAUUGCACCUUAUAACGCUCAAAUAAAUUUACUGAAAAAGAUUAUAGACAGGGAAGUGGAAGUGAACACUGUGGAUCAGUAUCAGGGACGCGAUAAAGAUGUUAUAUUGUAUUCAUGUACAAAGAGCAUGGAAUACGACACGAAGAAAGAAUUCGAGAUAUUGGAUGACCAGCGACGUUUGACGGUAGCUAUCACUCGCGCGAGACAUAAGCUGAUUAUAAUCACUGAUAAAAUCACUUUGAUGAGAUAUACGCCAUUUAAAAAUCUGUUUGAUGUCAUUGAUGAGAAGAAUGUGAUAAGUUUACAUAAUGGCGAAGAAGACUUUAACUGGGAAAGUCUCAUUUCUAGAAUUGACAAUAAUGACAAAGAAUUGAAAGAGUAAUCAAAGGACACCAUUUAACAAUAUAUAAAAAAUAGAUUAAUAAUAAAUUAAUAGUUGAAAGUUUUCAAUAUUUAAAGUAUAAUGUAAAAUAUGAUAAAGCACAAUCGCAAAAGU